AUGUCAGAAAGAACCUCUUCAUUCUCAUCCUCGGCUUCUUGUCCCAGUAUGACCGGACCAUCCGCAUCUGACGCUACUCUCUCGCCGAGUGUGAGAAGUCUGAGUCCAAUAUCACCUCUUCCUAACGUACCUACUUUCUGCCUUACGCCUUACCCUGAACAAACUGAUUUCCCAGAAUCAAUCAGUGAUUCUCCGCUGAUCUCGACCAAGGAUCAUGAGAACAGGCCGGAUGUGGAAGAUGAACAUCAAGUUGAAGAUCGAUUGAUUUCCCGGAUGAACAAUCAAUUGGAGAUGAAAAACCAGAUAAGUGAUAUUGAGAAAGUCAGAACUGGUACUCAGACUGGAAUGGGAUCUUCAAAUAUACAACAAUUCAAUAAACUACCCACCCCACGUCGCCGGGUCACUUCACCAUCAUUCCUCAUCCCUCCUUCACUGAAAAUGUCAUCCCUAACAUCGACUAUAUCUUCACCUACCAAUCCACCUCCUCUAUCCCCCCAUGGACGGGCCAAGGCGCCAUUCGUCAGGCCUAGGGUGGGUAGAUCAGCAACUGUCUCCAGUGACGCCUCGUCCACUGCUAUCGCUAUGGAAGAGAACAAAUCGGUAGGAGGUCAAGGAUCUGAGGUAAGGAAGAAACCUGAACCGUUAACUAUCCAACAACCUAUUUCCUCUGUAGGUAAUCUAAGUGGAUCAGGAUUGACUCGGACAAAAUCCAGCUCGAUACUCAAUCUCUUAUCAAGACCUCAGACCCCCAUUCCAUCGAGUUGUGAACAAGAACAGGAUCAUGUCCAUCCGUAUGAUACGAGUACUGAGCAUGAUGAAGCAUCCAAAAUGGAUUCAGCAAAAUCCAACACUCAAACUGCCAAACCCCUCACGUCCCGUCGAAUAGGAAUAGACAAACACGAUGACAUGAUUAAUCAGGAUAGAUGGUAUAGCGAACGAGACUUGAAGAUGGAUAUGGAAGAACCUAGAUUAGGUAGGGAUCUAAGUCCAGGUUGGGGUGAAUUCGAAUUGAAGUUUGAUUCGGGUACGAUUAGUACUUCAAGAUAA